AUGGAUCAUCAAAAUAAUUCCUUCAGUGUUCUAUCCAAAUUUUCGAGGUUAAGGAGAAAACCACUACAGCCGUUAACUGACUUGACUGAAUUAUAUAACAGAACAGCGCAUCAAACAAUAUAUUACAGAAAAUUAACCGAAGAUGGUGAUUUCAAUAAUGCCCUUUUUGGGUGGAAGUCACUAAACACACUUAUUCUUUAUGAAUUGCAACAAAUGGAAAAGAAAUAUCCACAUCCUGAACUAUAUAAUCAGGACGAAUCGAGUUUGAUGAAUGGUGUUCGUAAUUUUCACAUGAAAUGUAUGGAAAAUAUUGAGUAUUGCAAAACGAAAUUAGAGGAGAAACAAGGACAAGGAGAUGAAUCCACCGAAAAUAAUAAUAAUCAUAUUAACAAUUCCAAACAGACACAAAGCCCAUACUUUUCUACUUAUAAAAAAUAUCAUUCGCCAUCCCCCUGUAGAAAUAAGAGACCUCAUAAUUAUCAUCAUCAUGAAUCAGGUAGAUUGUUAAGAACAUUAAGAGAUCCUCAUCAACAACAAAAAUCGACAUCUUAUAUCUACAAUAGUAACAAUAGUAGCGCUUCUACAAUACCAACGCCUAAUGAUAACUCAACUAAAGAUACAUCAGCACCACCAUUUAUAAAGCAUAAUAAUAAUAAUAGUAAUAGCAAUAAUAAUGAUAAUAGUAACAGUAUUGAUAACACCAAAACUGAUUCCUUUACAUACCUAAAAGAAGAAAAAAUGAAAGCGCGACUUAGCCCUCCCCCUGCGAUGAAACAAGAAAUAUUUUCAACAACAGAGCCUGGGUUUGAUAUUCAGCGGCAUGAAGGUUUGGAACUGAUUGAUUUGACAUCAGAUGAUGAUAGUGAAGAUGAAUUUUCUGUUUGUCAAGCUGAAGAGAAAGGUGUUCAAGAUAAAAGUGCUUUUGAAAUAAAUGAUUAUUAUAAUUACAAAGAAGAUACUGAGAAGCAACAUCAAGAAAUUGAGGAUCUCGUCACUUUGUUAGACAGAUCAAUUUUAAACAACUCUGCAACAGAGAAUUUUACCUUUACAGAUAAUAAAACUGCCAACGAUAAUAACGAAGUUAAAAAUGGAAAGGAUAUUCCCCUAUUACCACCUCCGAUACCAACGUUGAUUCCCCCAGAAUUGAGGUUAAUUCAGAAUGACAGUGGUAACACUGAGAUUCCUUCCAUGAGAAAAUCUAGUCCGUCAGCAUCUUCAUCUCCAUCUCCAUCUCCAUCCAUUGUUUCCAAAUCACAGAAACCAAAAGUUAUUGGUAGUAACAGUCCAAACUGGAAGCCAAGGCCAUCUUUUCUUAAACAAGAAAUGUCAAAAAGCUGUACGAAUAGUAAUGGUAAACCGAUUGCUAAAUCUUCAGUAGCUAGCAAUUAUCAGUUGUCAGUUAAAAACCCUAUUGCUUCUCAAAAUAGUAAUAGUACACCAAAUGUUAAAGAGUUACGUAAUUAUAGAACAUCUAAACCAAAAGCACAUAGUACAAGUUCUUUGGUAAAUUCAGUGGGGGGUAAGAAAUAUAAUGGAUAUGGCAAAAAAGUAUCGGUGAAUACUAAUAAUAAUAGCUGCGAUAAUAUAAAACCUGGCGGGGGUAGAAGAGUGAUUAGAAAGGUAAACUCUUCACCCGCUACAAUUAAAAAAAAGACAAAAUCUGCAGUUUCAAAAUCAUCUUCCCCUGCAGUCUAUAAUGACGGCAGUAGUGUCAAUAGACGACCCGUGGCCAAGAAACAAUUCUCUAAAAAGACGACUGUAGAUCAAAGUCAAUUUGACACCUUUAGUGGUUUCAAUGGAGAUAUCAAUGCAAACUCGCCAAUAGGACAGGAUGAAAGAGAACCCGAAAUAAGCAAGAAUGAUUUAAAAAAUAUUCUAGAGGAGGAAAUAAUUAACAGCAUACCUGGAGUAGAUAAAAAUGCAGCACGGCAAAUUUUUGCGGAAAUUGUUGUGUCUGGAGAUGAAGUCCAUUGGGAAGACAUAGCUGGACUAGAAACCGCUAAGAGUUCAUUAAAAGAAGCAGUGGUGUAUCCAUUUUUGAGGCCUGAUUUAUUUAGAGGGUUGAGAGAACCAAUAAGAGGUAUGUUAUUGUUUGGCCCACCAGGUACUGGUAAAACGAUGUUAGCUAGAGCAGUGGCUACUGAAUCACAAUCCACUUUUUUCAGUAUCAGUGCCAGUAGUUUGACUUCCAAAUACUUGGGCGAAAGUGAAAAGUUGGUUCGUGCUUUAUUUGCCAUUGCCAAGAAAUUAUCACCUAGCAUUAUAUUUGUUGAUGAAAUAGAUAGUAUAAUGGGAGCUAGGAACAACGAGGGGGAAAAUGAAAGCAGUAGAAGAAUUAAGAACGAAUUUUUAGUUCAGUGGUCAUCCUUGUCUUCAGCAACAACAAAUAAUACUGGUCACAAUGAGAAUAGUAACAAUAAUCUAACUGAACAAACACAAAUUCCAAGUAAGACUGCGUUUCAGCAAAAACCAGUGGAUGAUAGGGUUUUGGUGUUGGCGGCUACUAAUUUGCCUUGGUCCAUAGAUGAAGCGGCCAGACGUAGGUUUGUGCGAAGACAAUAUAUCCCGCUACCUGAAGAUGAAACUAGAUUAUUACAACUAAAAAAGUUAAUGUCUGCUCAAAAUAACACAUUGGAGGAACAAGAUUUUGAAAAAUUAGUCCAAUUGACUAAAUGUUUUUCCGGCAGUGAUAUAACCUCCUUAUGUAAGGAUGCAGCCAUGGGUCCUUUAAGAGAAUUGGGAGAAAAAUUAUUGAGUACACCAACUGAAAACAUUAGAGCCGUUAAACUGGGUGAUUUUGUUAAAAGUUUGCAAUAUAUCAAGCCGUCAGUUUCUACCGCUGGGUUAGCAGAUUAUGAAAAGUGGGCUACUCAGUAUGGUUCAUCUGGAGUUUAA